UGCUCCAUGCUCGAUAUCAAUGCCUCGCCGCUGUUUUUCUCGCCCCAUCGCCCCAAGGAUCUGUAGAAAACCCUGAUCUUGUCGAAGUUGCUCCGGGAUUAGACGAAGCGGGGCCUGGGUGAUGCGAUUGGCGUUCAGGUGUUCCGAUAGCUGUUGAUCGCCAUUACGGAGAAGUAUGUCAAGCAGAUCAGCGAGCCGUUCAAUCAGUACGAUGAUAAGAUCGCGGAGGCCGACAUGGAUAUCGCCUUCGCCUGGCAAAGCGGCCAUCGGCCCGUGCAACGUGGGAUCACAUACGGCUUGGACGGCGCGUUUCCUGACACCCUUCAACCAGUCCUUCUUCGGGUUCUCACGGGAGUGGCACCGUUUUACCUGAUUUCUCCCCGAAGGUUCCUAAGUGCAGUCACUGGCACGCUUCUGAAUAGCAGUUUCCAGGGCUACAAUAAUCAGAAGUACUCCCGCAAUAGCCGUAAUCACUGCAGCAAUCUCCCAGCUGCAUUCCAACACAGGUCUUGUUGCCUACAAUGUUCGAACCUGUCACGACGGCACCUUGGGAUACUCAGAAGGGCAUAAACGUGUCCCAACCUAGGGUUAUAAGCUCCCUACAAAGCAGCAAUGGAUGGGGGGAGGUACUAACUCUGUUAAACUGGCAAGCAUGAGGUUCCACG